AGGUCAAGAUGGCGCGCUGCUGCAUGUGAAGGGGACUUACCGGGAACUGGUUGUUCGCUUUAAGAACAUGUUCAAAACAUCAUGUAGCAGACUGACGGGAGUUUGGAAAUACCUACCACGCGAUGGUUCGGUUGGUUUGGUUGUCAGCGUGCAGCCGAAGCUCAUUGCAAAUCCAUCUAGGAGUCACAUGAGUGCCAGGAGUCUGAUUCGGCUCUGCAGAAAGAAUCAAGCAGAAUGGAUCACAUUCCAGCACUUCUGCUUCCUGAAGAGACAGUAUAUUAAGGGCAGCGAUGGUCUGUGUCAAAGACUGAGACACAAGCAGGAGCCUGUUACCUCUGUUCUGGAUGAGCAAGAUGAUUCGGCUGACAGACAGGUUCAGCAAAUUCCAGCCAUAAAGCCUGAGUCUGGUACUGUGGUGCAGCCAUGUGACCCGCAGAACAUCCAGAAUGAACCAGAGGCGGCAAGGGAGGCACGUUUAGACGCCCGACAGUGGAAGGAGUUGAGGGUAGAAUACAGUGAUUUGCCGGGGAUCUACGCACGACUCUCCAAAAUCAAACUAACCGCUCUUGUGGUUACUACGGCAGCUGCUGGCUAUGCCAUGGCUCCAGUGCCCUUUGACCCCAUCACUUUUAUGAUGGCUGCAGUCGGAACGGGUCUCUCUUCCUGUACAGCCAAUUCCAUCAAUCAGUACUUUGAGGUGCCCUUUGACUCUAACAUGAAUCGUACCAAAAACAGACCACUGGUCAGAGGACAAAUCAGCCCGCUCCAUGCCGUGUCAUUCGCGCUGGCAUGUGGGAUCCCAGGUGUGACCCUGUUGACCCUGGGCGUGAAUCCCCUGACGGGCUUUCUGGGUGCCCUGAACAUCUUCCUGUACACGUGCUGCUAUACACCCCUGAAGCGCCUCAGCAUCACCAACACCUGGGUGGGUGCGGUGGUGGGUGCCAUCCCACCUGUUAUGGGCUGGACUGCAGCCACUGGCUCUCUUGAUCCAGGAGCACUCUUGCUGGGAGGUUUCCUGUUCUCCUGGCAGUUUCCUCACUUUAAUGCGUUGAGCUGGAACCUGAGAGAGGACUACUCACGAGGCGGGUACCGAAUGAUGUCUGUCACUCAUCCAGCCCUUUGUAAGCGCGUGGCCCUCCGCCACAGUGUAGGCCUGAUUGGCCUCUCUGCCUUGGGCCCUGCGCUGGAUGUCACCACUUGGACCUUUCCCUUAGUCUCUCUGCCAAUUAACCUUUACAUCAGCUACCUGGCCUUCAGGUUCUAUCGGCAUGGUGACAGGCAGAACGCCCGCAAGCUGUUUUUCUGUAGUCUCUGGCAUCUGCCCAUGUUGCUGCUGCUGGCACUCACUUGUAAAAAGAGUCGUGCAACGCAGGACGAGGCAGCUGUAGCCCCUAUUGCGGCAUCUCUGACUCUGUAGAGUCAACACAAUCCCUCUAUUGCCAUUGCCAUUGUUUUUCAUAUUCAUCCUGACUUGCUUUCUGGAGAUAAUUGCUGUUAGCCCCAAAAUUAACAAAAUCUUGCAAUUAAAAAGAUUAUGCACCUUUAAAGGGAAUGCCAAAUUUGAAAACACGCCUAAUGGUCAUAACCAUAAUCUCUUUAUUAAUAUUGAGGUUUUUGUCAGGGAGAAAUUACGACAUGGUCGAUACCUAUGUGUUAAUACACAGCAAAGAUUUAAAAAUCCCUGAAUUUACUCAGGUAGCUUGUUCACAAAUCAAUGUUAUGUGUGUGUAAAAACAUGAUAUAUUUAUUUGAUACGGCCCCCCGUUAUAAACAUAUAAUAUAAUUGCCUUUGAGUGUAUAGACUAAUAUACAAAAAGAUUGAGCCCUGACAAGUUAAUAUGGAUUCAUAUAAGUUUUAGACACUUUUCACAACAUAAGUCUCAUUACCAUAAUGCAUCCAGCUGUUUUACUAUUCCCAUUGUUUUCAGUGAUGAUUUUUUUACUUAAUUUUUUUACUGUGUAACAGUAAAACUAUGCAAUUUUUCAGUUGUUUAAUUAAAAUCAUCACAUUUAAAGCAUUAACAAGGGUGUACAACUAAGAUGUAUUAGUACUUUACAAAAAAAAUAAAAAAUUACUAUUACUUUUUACAAAAUUGCGGUAAUGAAAAUAUCAUGAUAUAUAUAUAUAUAUAUAUAUUAUUUUAUUUUUUUUAUUUAUUUUUUUUGCAUUGUGGUAAUGAGAAUUUGGGGUUAAAAUGUUCAUAACUAUCAUUACAAUAUCAGUAUCAUUACAAAAUGUCAAUGGCCCUAAAAAUAGGCUUCAUUUUCUAUUUGCAAAGUGUAAUUUCUUAUUUGUUUAAUUUGAUUAUAAAUUAAAAUAGGACCAGGAAAUGUUUUGACAGAUUUCAGGAGAAUCAACUGCAUACAUUUGUCUGAGAUCUGCAAAUAUUGUCAAACUGUAUUUGGGUCUAAUAUUGUCAUUAUUGUGGAUAUUUGGCUUGAUGCUUUAUAGGCCAAAUAAGAGAACGGUUUAAUGCACUUUGAAAUUAACAGAGUAGUCAGCAACAUUUACAUGAUACAUGCAAGUUUGUUCUUAACUAAUUACUUGGUUAAUCAGGUCAUUAUUUUGGAUUUCUAAGUCUGAUAAAAAUAUAAUUUUGCCAGUGAUUGAUUCAGUAAAGAAAAAACAUUCUCACUGUUAGCCCGGAAGUCUUUAUUCUGCAUCCUUGUUUAAAUUUCCGUCCCUCUGAUAACGUUCUGGCAUUAGUUCCAUCAAAGAUGCUGAAGUUUUUGAGAACAAAUCAAAUAAACGUUCAGCUCACUCAGUCAUUCCCAGAAUCGCAAUUAAUGGAGUGCUGAAUACCACUGAAGUUUGCUCAGUCCAAAUGGUGAAACUCUGAACACGUGUAGAUUUAGCCCCUUCAAUGUUUACUAUCAUCUGACCUCACUGUUUCACUUUCCUGUGUUAGACACAAAAGAACAAAAGUUUUUUUUAAUAAAUGUUUUGUGAUCAAA